AGACGCUGAACCGUCAAAACAUAAACAGUCAACCUUGUGUGAACGCAGCCAGCUCGCUUUAUAGUCAGCCUUUUAAAAGCUUUAUGCACCCCUUCCAAAUGUUGUGUCUUCUCCGUCAGAGAGUUCCUUGUCGAGGCACUUAGCUCAUUUGCUAAGCAGCGACGUGGAGAAAAAAUAUCUGCAGUAAAGAUUAGGACUAAACUAAGAAGUACGCCUCGUCGGGCCUUCUUGUAGAGGUUCUACUUCGGGUCGACGCAGGACAAAGGAGACGGAAUGGCUGAGGCUGACGGCAAAUCCACUGUGCUUAACGGUGGCUCUGAGGAAAACAAGCCUGGAGAAGAUCAACACAAGGAGCGGGAUGCCUCUGGAAGCAAAGAGGGCCAAACACAGUCUUCCUCUCAAGAUGCUCCCAAAGAAACAGCAGAGGCAUCUGGAGACAAACCUAUGCCAGAUGUGGAAGGAGAGACGGGGACAAACAGAGAGGUAGAGGAGGAUGAAGACACAGACAGCAUGGACGGCAGUGGCCUCUACUCCUUGACUGAGGAUGGUGAAAGGGAGAGCGGGGGAGGGAGACGAGAGAAGGCCAAGGAAAAAGAUGGUGGACAAAGGGCAGCCAGGAAGAGGAACAGGCCUGGUGGCGGCAACAGCCACUCCUCCAGCUCAGAUGAAGAUGACGAUGAGGACGAAGAAGAAGAACAGAAAGACGAUGAAGACGAUGAUGAGGCUAUGGAGGCAUGGUUGGGAGCAGAGCUUCGUGACCUGCGAGGCCCUGUGUGGCGGGCAGUACCCUCGCUGCGCUCCAGGGAGAUCGGAAGGGACUCGCACCAGUUCGUAAGGCGUGUGUGUGGGGCCCGUGGCCUAGUGCAGAGGUUGGAGCUCCAGGGCCGCUUAGAGAGGCACACAGGCUGCGUCAACACUUUGCAUUUCAACCCCUCUGGCACACGCUUGGCAUCAGGCAGCGAUGACCUGCGAGUGGUGAUCUGGGACUGGGCCAUCCGCCGUGCUGAGCUGGAGUUUGACAGUGGACAUAAGAGCAAUGUCUUUCAGGCAAAGUUCCUGCCUCACAGUGGAGACUCCACUUUGGCCAUGUGUGCCCGUGAUGGUCAGAUCAGAGUGGCUGAGCUAUCUGCCACACAGCGCUGCAAGAACACAAAGCGGGUAGCACAACAUAAAGGGGCAGCACACAAGCUGGCCCUUGAGCCAGAUUCCCCCUGCUCCUUUCUGUCUGCUGGAGAGGAUGCUGUGGUGUUUGGCAUUGACCUGCGUUUAGACCGCCCCGCCAAUAAACUGGUGGUUGUGAAGGAGGGUGAUAAAAAAGUGGGACUGUACACCAUUUUUGUGAACCCAGCAAAGACACACCAUUUUGCAGUUGGAGGGAGAGAUCAGUAUGUAAGGAUCUAUGACCAGAGGAAGAUUAAUGAAAAUGAUAACAACGGUGUACUGAAAAAGUUUUGUCCCUCACAUCUUGUAUCCAGCGAGUCCAAAACCAACAUAACCUGCCUUGUGUACAGUCACGACGGCGCAGAGCUCCUGGCUAGUUACAAUGAUGAAGACAUCUACUUGUUUGACUCCAACCACAGUGAUGGGGCAGACUAUUGCCGGAGAUACAAGGGACACCGCAAUAAUGCCACAGUGAAGGGGGUAAACUUUUAUGGGCCAUGCAGUGAGUUUGUGGUCAGCGGCAGUGACUGUGGACACAUCUACCUGUGGGACAAGUACUCUGCUCGCAUUAUCCAAUUCAUGGAAGGAGACAGAGGAGGAGUGGUCAACUGUCUGGAGCCACAUCCCCAUCUGCCAGGUAUGGCUACAAGUGGGCUGGACCAUGACAUUAAACUGUGGGCCCCCACAGCUGAAAGCCCUACAGGACUCAAGGGUCUAAAAGAGGUGAUGAAGAAAAACAAGCGGGAGCGUGAUGAGGACAGCGUGCGCCAUGGCGACCAGUAUGACACCCAGCUGCUGUGGUUCCUGAUGAGACACAUGAGGAACAGACGACCUCCAAGGGCACGCCGUGAGGGUGCAGAUGCAGAUACAGAUGAGUCCUGGAGCUCUCCAGAUUCUUCAGAUGAAGAGGAAGGAGGUCCAGACCAUGUCCAGUGCAUGUCAUCUUGAACCACACAUACAUACUUACACUCAUACAGAUAGAUACACACACACAUACAUACAUACAUACAUACAUACACACACACACACAGACAUACAUACAUACAUUCUUUAUUGCCCUUGAAUUGAUGCACAUAGGCAAGCACUAUUGACACACUGGCACACUCAAACACUGAUGAGCCACAAACUUUUUUUUUUGUUUUUUAACACACAUACAAACACAGAUAAACACAUACAUUUACUUAAACAUACUGUUGAAGCAGAGUGACAGAGAUGCUUAAUGCCUGGUUUCCCAGCUGAGUGUGCAAAUGGCGACCACAGACUGCAUACACACUUCCUGAAUCCUGAUUUCUUUGAGAAUUGUACAAAGAGGUUUAGUGAGUGCUUACAUCCCUAUAAACCACUUGGAGGCCCCUGGUUGUCCGUACAUUAUCUAUUUGCUCUGCCUAGACCCAGAACAAUGUACUGUGUGUAUGGCAACAAGUACCUCCAACUUUAGGCAACCUGUAGUAAGCUAUACUUCACCAGCAUACAAUCUCCCCUCUCUUAGUAACACACCUCUUGCUCUUGACCUUUCUGUGCUGAUGAAGUGGGAUUCAGUAGGAAGCAAGGGUGUAUGUUUAUCUCCUCAGACCAUCCCCUAAAUGUGACUUCCUUUAAGAUCUGAAUUUUAAUAGGGAGAACCCAUAUCCCCUCACUCCAUCACCCUAGUCUCAUACUGAUGUUUUGGCUGUGAGCUUGUGCAGCUAGUUGCAUUUAUCACACUUUUGCUCCCAGAAAACUACUAACUCUACAUGCUGCAUUACCCUACAUGCUGCCCUCAGCCACUCCCUCCACUCUUCCUUCCAUCAACCUCCCCCAUCAUCACUGAGUGCACUUUGAAUCAGGGAUGCUUUAGUUUGAGACAGAAAAAAAUGUGCACUCAGUGUGUGACUUCAGGGGUAGAGCUGUUGAGAAGUUAACUUUAUUUCUUAAAAAAAUAAAUAAAAAAUGUAGUUGGGGGAUAUUUUGCACUUAAGCAUUUCUUUACUGAGGAGAAGUGGUGUCCUUUGCUCCUACCAGCCUUCCUCCUCUUUUUUCCUCCCUCGCUUUUCAUUCAGAAGCUCAUCUUUGACAGAAAAUCUAUGAUUCACCUCUCACUAACCAUGAAAAUGGAGAGGUAGAUGGUGUUCGGCAUGUAUAUAGGAAAUAGGGACUAAUUUUGGGCUCUUUUGGAAAACUGUCUAAUUUUGAAGAGCCAGAACUGACCUGGAGCAAUCACAAUUGAAACACUGCCUAUGAGCCAGUUGAGAUUGGAGUCUUGAAGGACUGCAGUUGUUUAUGUGGUUCCUAAUUUUAUAAUUCAAUUUAUAAUUUCAUAAUUUUUUUGCUACGAGUCUGGAAAGAGGUGGAAAUAACUUAUCUGGUUCAGGCAGAAGUAGGGAUGUCCUGAUACAUUUUUUUGCCCCCAAUCAAAUCUGAUGCAGUUAUUAAUUUGUGCUAACUUCAGGUACUGUGUAUUAGGUGUACAUGACUUCCUGCUCUCACUUUUUGAUAUUGCAGUGACCCAAAGAGACGUCACUGGGACUAUAGUCUAACUUACCGGAUGUAGGUUGUCGGUACAAGUCUGCCAUUGGUCGAUCAUUUCAGCUGGCAUUCUCCCUCCUUUCAUCUAUCUGUGUGCUACCAUCUUCGUUGCCCCAGGAAACAACAACAGCAACCUCUGGGCAGCAAUGUACAACACUGAAAACUAAACUGGAACUAAAAGUUCUGCGAAUAGUUUUUUCAGGUAGAUUAUCCAUUUUAAUCACAGUGCUCAUCUCCGUGCGAGCAGAUGUUCCACUUCAAGGAUUUCAUCCAUCACUAUUUUGAUUAAACGCCAAAGCUGCAUACUUUGCUUAGCUUAUCCACAAUGACUGAUUAGACCUGAAGAAAUAUAAACAAGUGAGAGAGUUUUUACCCCUGUGACAGAAUGGUAUUGUGAUGCAGCCAGAUCCUUCUGUUCUACAGAAAUACCUAGCUAAGCAAGACUGUUGGGACUACUGAUCAGGGUUUAGCUAGUAAAGGGCCACCAUGAGAAUGUCUUCCUUGAUGCCUAAGGACCUCCAGCCAAAGCUUCUAUUCUUGAAAAAAAGCUGGCUUCACCUAAGACAGUGGUCAUGUAUCUGGAUAACAUCUGUUUGUGGCCCAUAUCGUAUGUCGGUAGAAAAUGGAUUUACCAGCACAGGAAAAUUGUCCACUGUGUUGAGUCUGUGUUAUCAAUUAACCAGUAAUUUGUUGAUAGUGUUGUAAAUUCUACAGAAAUUAUUCAAAUUUGCAUUCCAAAUUGUGCUCUCCCUUAACAAUACCUGUGCGACAGCGGAUGUAAACAGUCUGUGCUAGCAUCAGUUAGUUUAAAAUUGCCUUGUUCGGCCCCAGUCCCAGUGUUUGAGACCUACUCAGGACAUCCCUAGCCAGAAGGUAACAAAAUCCACGUACCAGCGCCUCCAAACCUUUUUGCAAGUUUUUGUGUUAAAUUAAGCUGCUUGCCCUCUUGUAGCUUCAUGUUUUGCAUAGCCUCACACCCCAAGAGUAGUAUCAAAUCCCUUAUCUGUCAGCAAUAGAGCAAACAAAUAAAAAUGGCAAACUUUUUCUUUUUCCAAAGUCUCAAAUCUGAAUUCCGUGUUUUAGAAAAAUACGGGUGUGUGCAGCCAGCACACCACUCUAGUGUGUGCUGUGUUGACGUUGGCUCUAAGACGAGGAUGGGGGGGGGGAGCGGCAGGGUCAAUAUGCUUGCCAGUCAUUUGUUGUGUGAGAGCGAUAAAGUCCAGCUUUUCUCAUUUUCUAUGAGAACUGUAGUUAGUUGAAUUUAUAUGUACAUAUAUAAAUAUAUAUUAAAAAAAAUACUGUAAAAAAAAAAAAAACUUUAGCAAAUGCUGUUUGACUUUAAAAAAAAAGUCAAAACAUUUGAUUGGUAUUGAUGCAGAGGUUUAUAUUCUAUAUGAGGACAAAGUACUUUUAAAAUCCUGAGAAAAAAAGUCUUGACAUGACCAUUUUUAUUAGGUUUUUCCUUCUAUGGCAUCCCUCUGUUAUGAACAGAACUGCUGUCAUUGCAAGUAUUACAGUUUUGAUUCUUUUUCUUGUUCAAGGAAAAAAAAACAGUGUUUCCUUUCUAGAUCUUAAUGCAUAAUUUGAGACAAUUCUAUCCAGAUUUUCCCUCUGGCUACUUUUGGCAUCUUGUAUACAUAAGGCUUUUGAUUAUCUUUUUUUUCCCACCACUGCCUGAUAUUGCAUUCUACCAGUUCAGUUGGAAAUACGUACGAUUCGUGCAAUAAACAAAAAGACGAUGCUCUUGA